UUAUACCUUUUUUUUUUUGAGAAAAUAACUAGCACGUAUAUUUUGAGCUCCGAUCGCAGUUAACUUGUGUCGUCGGAGAUGGCAACCGAUGCAGAUAUCGUGAUUCCAAUACCGGUGUGUGAAGCAAGAGUGGAGCAACUUGUAAAUGUUGUAGAUACUAUUGUCAAAAUCUCUGUGAGUGAAGUCCCCCAAGAAAAUCAGGACCAAGAUGACAAACACAAUGAACUUCCUAUGAUUAAGGGUGAGGAUUUUUUAAAAUCACCCUUGACUAAUGAGGUUCGUUCCGAAGCAAAUGGUGUUACACCCGAUGCCAGUAAGGUCGUUGAGUCCGCAGAAGAAAGCCAACAGAAUGUUGAAGUAUCAAACAACAAGGAUGACGAAGAAGACAGAGGUGUGGUACCAGAAGAAAAAUGCAGCAUGGUUUCAUCAGUAGCCGUCGCCCCAGAAAUGAAGGUGGGAGAUACAAUUGAUGCCCAUCAUAAAGAUGAUGCAGCAGGGGUGACUCAGGUAUCUAAAGAGACGAACAACGACCAUCAUGGCACCGAAAAUGUUGCCCUUGCGAACGAGAUAUUACUGGAAUCUAGUCUCAUGAGCAAAGAAACCGAGUCUCAUACACCUUGCAUCUCCGAAAGUGAGAAGAUGGAUAUCCAAUCAAAGUCAAUAGAAAAUGAGAGAAGCGUUGAACAUGAUCUCAACACAACUGCGGAGAAAGAAAGCCAUGAAGAAAUUUCACCUCAAGAAACGAUCACAACACUCGAGACUUCUAAUGGCGACAAGCUAGAGAGCAAGAGUGAGUUAAACACACCACUCUAUGAAGAAGAAACGAUCGCACAGAAAGGUGACAAGUCUGUGACAGCGUCAGAAGACCAUGGAGAUGUAGAAUGUCAGUCUCAAACCUCGGAAGAUGUUGCUACAGGUCAUAAUGACCCAAAGCGUGUUGAGAAGUUUGAGGAGAGCCCACCCGUCCAAGUUGAAGACUUACAAAUAGAACGUGAUGAGCAUUUUGAAGAUGAAAGUGAGAGGCUGCCAUUGACAGAAGUAUCAACCGAGGGGCCAGUUGACAACGCUGCCCAUGAAGCCAUGGAUAAUGUGAAAGACGGGGACAAAGACUCCAAAGAAGUUGAACUUUCUGAAGAUGAGCAAAAUACCAGUACUUUGGUGAAAGAAGUCGUGCAUACGGAAAAUCUUGCGGAAUCUUCCCAUGAAUCCCCUGAAAAUAUUGAAGUGUCUGAUCUGAGCCAAGAAGACAGCAUAAACGCUCCUCCGGAGAAGCAAAGCAUAAAUGUAACUCUACAUGGAGACACAAUCAAGGCAAAUGAAGCAACAAUAAAUGCAGAUGAUCAACAUAAAGAAAGUCUUGAGAUUUUCCCAACAAUUGCUUUAAGUUCCCCCGAAGGGCCAAGCAUGAAUGCAGUUCUACACGAAGACACGAAUGUCCAUACGGAUGAAAAAAUAAUUGAGGAGGUUGACAAUCACAAGGAAGUUCUUGAGAAGACAUAUGAAACAUCAAAAGACGGCCUUGAUACUUUAGUUGAGCGACCAGUGGAAUUGGCCAAAAAUGAAGACAUAUCUGCGAAAGAAAACCAACGGAGUACUGAAGAAUCCAACAACACUGACAAAUAUGGAAAUAUAGAUGCGGUAUCAGAGGUGUGCAGUGCGGAUUCGACAGUUGUGAUCUCAGAAAUCAAAGUGGGAGAUACACUUGUUGAUCCUGAUAUAGGCACCGCGAAGGUGGUGACUCAGCUAUCUCAAGACACAAGUAGCGAUCAUCAAGGCACAAAUGAUUGCUUUACCGAAGAUGCUGCGCUUAAAGAGGAGAUAUUACAGAAAACUGAGUCUCAUACACCUUGCAUCUCUGAAGGUUCUAAAGAUAAGGAGUCAAAUAUCCCAGUGAUAACAACAGACAACAAAUCUGUGGAUGAGAAACCAACAGAAGAGGAUAUUUUAUGUAAUCUCACAAAUGAAGUCUCUAAGGAAGGGGAAUCUGACGUCAAUAAGAAGACCUCGGAACAGGAGGAAUUGGAAAAUAAUAAAAGUGUUGAAAAUAGUACAUCUGGAGAAGCAAUCAUAGCACUUGAGACUUCUAACAGUGACGAACUACGGAGCAAGAGUGACUUAAACUCAUCGCUCCCUAAUGAAGUGGAAACGGCCGUACAGAAAACCUUAGAAGAUGCUGCUACAGAUUAUAGUGGCACAAAGGUUACAGAAAAGUCUGAGGAGAUCUCAGCUGUCCCAGUCGAAGACUCACAAAUAGAUCAUAGUGAGCAUUUAGAAGAGGAAAGCGAGGGGCUGCCAUUGACAGAAGCGUCAACAUGGGGCACCAAUGACAACGUCUCAGCAGACGUAGACACAGGUGAAGUCAAGGAACAGGAUGAAGACCACAGAGAAGCUAAAUUGUCUGAAAAUGAGCAAAGUACAAAAUGUACUUCGGUGACAGAAGAUGUGCAAACAGAAAAUACCACGGAAUCCUUGCAUAUGCCCCUUGAAAAUAUUGAAGUUUCUAACAUAAGCCAACAAAACAGCACAAUUAAGCCAGAGGAAGCAACAAUUGAUGCAACUGAGGAACAGAAGGACAGUCGUGAGUGUUUUCUGCCAAUUGUUUCUGGUUCUCCCAAAGAGGAAACCAUGAAUGAGGUCAUACAAGAAGUGUCUAGUGAGUAUCAGGAUAAAAAAAUAAUUGACGAGGUUGAUAAACACAAGGAAGUUAGUGAGAAUCUGUUUUCGACUGAGGAUGCUGAAGGAAACUCAUUGGUUGAACUGGAAGGUUCAGAAACUAAAAAGGAAGAUGACUCGAAAAAGGAAAGUGACGAAACACCUUUGGCACUAGAAGUCAGUGAUGCAUCAACGUUGUUGCAUGAGGCUCGUGCUGAGGAUGGAGAACCAAAGAAAGCUGAGUUUUGUGUUGAUGAGAUGGAUGUGGAGAGUAUGUCACCGAAGACAGAAUCUAUAACAGAAGGAGAUAUGCAUCUAGAUUCUGAACUAACAAAAGUACCUGAUUCAGUAGACAAAAUAUCAGAAGGUGGAACAGUUGAUGCAGAAGCAGAAAAGGAAGAAAAUGUUGAGGAUGCGGAACCAAGUGGAGAAGAAUUGUUUGAAAAGAACGAAAACACUGAAAGUGUUUUGCUGGCAGAAGUGCAGAGCAAAAAGGCUGUAGAAUCCUUACAUGCAGCACUUGAAGAUAUAAAAACAUCUGAUUUCGAUCAAUGCACAGAAGUAACAGGUAUCCUCGAGGAGCAAAUCCCUGCUGAAAAUUCACAAGGAAUGCCCAGUGAUGAAACAGGAAUUGAUGCAGCUAAUACUCAAGAAUUACAGAAUGUCUCAAAUGAGGAUAGUGGCAAGGCCUUGCUGAUCAAAGUGGCUGACUCAGAAUUGACACGUGAUAUAAAUUUGGAAGAGGAAUUGGAAACACUGUCACUAAUUGAAACUUCAAAAGAUGAGGCCAGUGAUAAUGAGUCUAUUCUGCUCGAGCCAAAACCUAGCGACGAAUUUGCAAGCAAAGUUGAAUUGCUCAACGAUGAGAAAAGUACAGACUGCACUACACCAAAGAAAGAGAGUUUGCAGCCUCAGGAUCAUAAAACAUCUACUUCAAGUGCAGCUAGAGAAUUAACUUGUUCACUUGAAGAGCAAAGCUUAGGGGAGAACUCCCAAACAAUCAUAAGCGACAAACUAAUUGACGCAAGUGCCGCUGAAAAGCAUGAUCUCACUCUUGAGAAUGUAGCCACAGAAACUCCACAUGAGCACAUUGAAGAGAACGCGGUAACCCAAGUGGAUAGCUCAGCAGGGAAACAUGAGGAACGCAUGGAAGAGGACAAUCAAAGUUCAUCUUUGAUAGAAGCUCCAGCAGAGGAAACCGAUGUCAUGGAAUCAAAAAAUAUUGAUGAAAGCAAAAUUUGCGAAGAGUCAAUAAAACCUGAUUUGGAAAAUGGGGAGAAUACAGAAAGUAUUUAUGUGAAGAAAGAAUCAGAUGUGGAGACGCCUAUCGACUCCUUGCAAGUCAAGCCUGAUGAUGUUAAACAACAUGAUUCAGUUUCAGAUAUAAACGAAUCCAUCGAGGAAGAAACCUCAAAUUCAGAUCCACAAGAAAUUUCAACUAACAAGGUAGGAAAAUCUGUUGAUGCGACUCAUGCAAAUGAGGAAAAUGUGGAGACAAAGGUGAAUAAUAUGGCUAGACUUGAGACCACCCACUUGGGUCAAGAGAGAGAAAUAAGUUCUCCAAAUGAGCAAAGGCCUCUUGAAGGAAUCAAGGAUGAUAACACAGAGGAGAUAGCUGAUAGUGAAACUAUUUUGGAGGUUGAAACUAACCAUGAGAACUAUGCAGCAACUCCAGAUGAGGACACUAAAGAAGAUUCACGAGACCAAGCAGAUAACUUAGUACUGGAACAGGAAGAACAUUCAGAAAAGGAUAGUGAAAGCACAUCAUUAUCAGAUGCUCCAAAAGAUGAAAUCACAGGAAGCACGUUGGUUAAGGAAGUGGCAGAGGUUGAGGAUCCUAUUGACUCCUCUGAAGUAGCAACCGAGGAUAUCAAGGCAUUUGCUCCUUGUCAAGUCACAGAAAUAAGUUCCACUGUGGACCAAAUCAUAGAUACGAAAGAUAUCUCAAGUAACAAAAUAACAGAAAAGACAGUUGAUGCAUCCGACGAGGACACUCAAGAGGCUCAGGAUAUUGCAAAAAGUGUUCCACGGGAAUAUGACUCACCAAAUGAGCAAAAUACUGAAGCUAUAUUGAAAAAGGAAGAUGUAUCUAUUGGGUUACCUCGAAUAGUAGGUGAUGAAACUAGUUCAGUCCAAGAAGAAGAAAAGGUGGAAAUUCCUACUGAGGAGCAAACACUAACUGCUACUCCACAAGGGAUAUGUGAUAAAACAGAAGAAAUAACUGUUGAUGCUGCUAAUAACAACAAUGAUCUUGUAAUAAGCGUUCCAAAUGGAGACAGUGAGGAUGACUCACCAAUUGAAGUGGAUGGCUUACAAGAACCUUUUUCUAAAGAAGUUCCAGCAAAAAAGAGCAAUGAUGAUGAACCAACUACUAGCCAUGAGGUUGAAUUUGCAAAUGAAAAUACUGCAAAAGCCAACUUGAAUGAAAAUGAGGAAAAACUAGAGUGUUCUCUGGUAAAGGAAGAAGCACAUAUUGAGUCAUUGCAGGUAGCAGAUAAGGAUGUUAAAGAUACUUCUUCAGGUCAAGAUAGAAAACCAAGCCAUUUAGAAGAGCAAGGCUCAACUAAAGAUUCUCAUGAAACCAUGGGUGAUGAAAGAUAUGCAAAGUCAUUUGAUUCAACUGAUCUGAAGAAGCAAGAAACUCUUGCAGAUGAGAACUAUGCAGCCACCACUGAUGAGGACACUAAAGAAGAUUCACGAAACCAUGUAGAUUACUUACUAAUGGAACGGGAAGAACAUUCAGUAAAGGAUAGUGUAAGCACAUCAGUAUCAGAUGCUCCAAAAGAUGACAUCAGAGGAAGCACAUUGGCUACGGAAGUAGCAGAGGUUGAGGAUCCUAUUGACUCCUCUCAAGUAGCAACUGAGGAUAUCAAGGCAUUUGCUCCAUCUCAAGACACAAAAACAAGUUCCAGUGUGGAACAAAUCACAGAUUCUAAAGAUAUCUCAAGUAACAAAAUAAUGGAAAAGACAGUUGAUGCAACAGGCGAGGAAAGUCAAGAGGCUCAGAAUAUUGCAAAAAGUGUUCCACGGGAAGAUGACUCACCAAAUAAGCAAAAUACUGAACCUACGUUGAUGAAGGAAGACCAAUCUAUUGAGUUACCUCAAAUAGUAGCUGAGGAUAUAAAAGAACCUUGUUCAAGUGAAAUUAGGGAAGCAAAUGCUCAAGAAGAACAAAUACCAUGUGCCAGUUCUGGAGUAGUCAUCAAUGACAACAAAGAGAAGACAACAAUUGAUCCAACAAUUUUUAAAAAUGAAACACUUAAGAAUGAGGUACCAGAAGUUUCUGAAGAAGCUGUUGAAAAGGCUCCAGAAGAGGUCAAAGAAAAGAUAUGUGCAAAUGAAGCAAUUGAGAGAAUCCUCCACCAAGAAGAGCUGGAAACGAGCAUUGAGGAGCCUACAACUAAAAUAGACUGUGAAAAUCCUCACAACUUAGACAUUGCAUGUGUGGAAACAGACACUCAAGAUUCAAGUAAAGAGGUUGUCCAAACAACAAUAAUCCCUGAGGGAGAAAAUGAGGAACAUAACAAGGAAGAUGAAAUUUGCAGCUCAGACAAACUGCAGGAACAUUUGAUACUUUCAGAAGGGAAAAGCAAGGAGGAAGCCAACAAAACCUAUAAAGAAGCCUGUGUUGAGGCUGAGCAGUUUGAUUUAUCAUCUCAAACCAAAGACAUAUCAGAAUGUGCAAUUAGUGAUGUUGGUCAGGAAACUCUGGAAGAGAAUGAAAAAUAUGCAGCAGAAAAGUCUUAUGAAGAGGAUGAUCCUAAACAAAUCACAGAAUGUGAAGUAUCCUCUGCUAGUGAAGACAUUAAAUUGACAGAACAGUCCUCAGAGGAUGCAUCCAUCACUACUGAAGUUCUAGAAGCAAAAGCUGGGACUGAUUUGGGGGCUGCUGUUCCAGUCCCAGAAGCAACUAGAAUAGAAAGUCAAGAGGUGGAAGAAUUGAAUGAUAAAUGCACAGAGAUGGCAGACACCUCCACACCAAAUGAAACUUCCGUUGUGACAGCACCAAAAAAUAUAGGAGAAAGUGCAGAAGGAGCCCCACUGGAGGCCGAAGACCAACCGACCACAGAUAUUGCACUAACUGAACAACUCUCAGAGGGUGCAUUUAUCACUGCUGAAGUGCAAGAAGAAAAAGAUGGGAUUUAUUUGGGGGCUGCUGUUCCAGUCCCAGAAGCAACUGGAUCGGAAUGUCAAGAGGUGGAAGAAUUAUAUGAUAAAUGCACAAAGAUGGCAGACACCUCGGCAACAGUGGAAAAUUCGGAGAUUUCCACAUUGAAUAGCAUAGGAGAGAGUACAGAACGAACCAAAGUGGAGGCCAAAGACCAACAGGCCAAACUUCGUGACUUUCCAGAAGAAUCAAAUAUGAGGCAUACUGAAGUGAAGAUGGCAGGAAUAGAUGAUGCAGUGAAUCUUCAAAGUGUCGGAGAUACUGGCGAGGAUGUCCUGGACCAGGAAUUCUGUAAGGAAUCAUUUGGAAUGUCAAACAAUCAAAAUCCAGUGAAGGGAGAUCCAGAAGAAAGAUCAGAGACCAGUGAAGGAAAGGAAGCAAACCCAAUUCAAGCAGCACCUGCCUCGGAGAGUCUAGAGCAAGAAAUAGAAGAACAAAAACCGGGAAGGGAUACUGAGGACGUCCAUGAAGAAGAUACAAAUAUAUCUAAUAUCCCUAAUCAGUUAGAAAGUGUCUGUGGUGCAGAUACAGCAAAGCUCCCGGAAUCAAGCAAUUAUGAAAGUUCUGUCGAGAACACAGAUCAAUGUGACAGAUCAGUAAAUUGCUCACAAGAGGAGCAAAAUGAGAGUGAAAACAUACCUUCUUUGGAAGCUCCAGCAGUGUCCUGCACAGAAAGUAGUCCAGUCAAAGAAGAAGAAAAAGUGGAAAUCCCUACUGGCGAGCAAAUCCUAACUGCUAAUCCACAAGGGACUGAUGAAACGCGGGAAAAAACUGUUGAUGCUGCUAAUGAAAACAAUGAUGUUGUAAUAAGCAUUCCAAAUGGAGACAAUGAGGAUAACUCAUCAAUUAAAGUGGAUGGCUUACAAGAACAUUUUCCAGAAGAAGUUCCUGCAGAAAAGAUCAAUGAUGAUGAACCAACUACUGCCCAUGGGGUUGAAUUUGCAAAUGAAAACGCUGUAAAAGCCAACUUGACUGAAAAUGAGAAGAAACCAGAAUGUUCUCAUGUAAACGAAGAAGUAUAUACUGAGUCAAUGCAGGUAGCAGAUGAGGAUGUUACAGAUACUUCUUCAGGUCAAGAUAGAAAAUCAAGACAUUUAGAAGAGCAAGCCUCAACUGAAGAUUCUCAUGAAACCAUAGGUGACGAAGGAUAUGCAAAAACAUUUGAUUCAACUGGUCUGAAGCAAGAAACUCUAGAGGAUGAGGUCAGAAUCAUAACAAACUAUGCAGCCAAUCCAGAUGAGGACACUAAAGAAGAUACACGAGACCAAGUAGGUGGCUUACUACUGGAACAGGAGGAACAUUCAGAAAAGGAGAGUGAAAGCACAUCAUUAUCAGAUGGUCCCAAAGUUGACAUCACAGAAAGCAUGUUGGUUAAGGAAGUAGCAGAGGUUGAGGAUGCUAUUGACACCUCUCAAGUAGCAACAGAGGAUAUCAAGAUAUUUGAUCCAUGUCAAGACAUAGAAAUAAGUUCCACUGUGGAGCAAAUCACAGAUUCGAAAGAUAUCUCAAGUAACAAAAUAACAGAAAAGACAGUUGAUGCAACAGGCAAGGAAAGUCAAGAGGCUCAGGAUAUUGCAAAAAGUGUUCCACGGGAAUAUGACUCACCAGAUGAGCAAAAUACUGAAGCUAUAUUGAUAAAGGAAAAUGAAUCCAUUGAACUACCUCGAAUAGUAGCUGAGGGGCGUAUUCCAGUCCAAGAAGAAGAAAAAAUGGAAAUACCUACGGAGGAGCAAAUCCUAACUGUUAAUCCACAAGGGACAUGUGAUGUCACACAGGAAAUUGCUGUUGAUGCUGCUAAUAAAGACAAUGAUGUUGUAAUAAGCAUUCCAAAUGGAGACAAUGAGGAUAACUCACCCAUUGAAGUAGGUGGCUUACAAGAACCUUUUUCUGAAGAAGUUCCUGCAGAAAAGAUCAAUGAUGCUGAACCAACUACUACCCAUGAGGUUGAAUUUGCAAAUGAAAACACUGUAAAAGUCAACUUGAAUGAGAAUGAGGAAAAACUAGAAUGUCCUCAUGUAAACGAAGAAGUAUAUAUUGAGUCAUUGCAGGUAGUAGAUGAGGAUGUUAAAGAUACUUCUUCAAGUCAAGAUAGAAAACCAAGCCAUUUAGAAGAGCAAGCCUCGACUAAAGGUUCUCACGAAACUAUGGGUGAUGAAAGAUAUGCAAAAUCAUUUGAUUCAACUGAUCUGGAGCAAGAAACUCUUGAGGAUGAGGCCAGAAUCAUAGUCAACUAUGCACCCACUACAGAUGAGGACACUAAAGAAGAUUCACGAAGCCAAGUAGAUGACUUACUAAUGGAACAGGAAGAACAUUCAGUAAAGGAUAGUGAAAGCACAUCAGUCUCAUAUGCUCCAAAAGAUAACAUCACAGAAAGCACAUUAGUUAAGGAAGUAGCAGAGGUUGACGAUCCUAUUGGCACAGAAAUAGUAACUGGGGAUAUCAAGGCAUUUUCUCCAUGUCAAGAUACAGAAUUAGGUUCCACUGUGGAGAAAAUCACAGAUUCGAAAGAUAUCUUAAGUAACAAUAUAACAGAAAAGACAGCUGAUGCAACAGGCGAGGAAACUCAAGAGGCUCAGGAUAUUGCAAAAAGUGUUCCACGGGAAGAUGACUCACCAAAUGAGCAAGAUACUGAAGCUACGUUGAUGAAGGAAGAGCUAUCUAUUGAGUCACCUCGAAUUGCAGCUGAGGAUAUAGAACCUUGUACAAGUAAAAUUAGGGAAACAAAUUCUCAAGAAGAACAAAUCCCAUGUGCAAGUCCUGGAGUAGUCAUCAAUGACAAUGAAGAGAAGAAAACAACUGAUCCAACAAUCUUUGAAAAUAAAAUUCCUAAGAAUGAGGAAAGGAGCUUAAACUUAACAGCCGAAGAGACCCCCUGUAAAGAAGAUAUGAAUGUCAAUAAAGUUAUCAUUGACCAUAUUCCUGAAGUUACCGAUGACAAGCAACAGGAUUCACCAGUCAAGAAAGUGCCAGAAGAAAAUAUUAUGCAAAGCAACGAGCAUGUGUUGGAUGGUAACAGUAUGGGAUCUGGGGUUUCAGAGAAGAUUAGCGAUCAAGUUGAUGGAGAAGCAAAUAGUUGUGGUGACAAAAUGGACUUGGAGAAAAUAGAAGUGCUAAAUGAUGGCCCCUUGGCAGUACCAACAAGUGAAACUUUGGCAGAAAUUGAAUCAAGAGGAUGUACAGAGACAGAGGUCCAAGUUCCAAAGGGAGAAAAGGAAGCAGAAUUCAAACGAGAGGCAGAAAACGACCAGAAGAAUAUAGACACAACACUUCCUGAUUAUGCUGCAUCUGAGAAUGUCUCAGAAUUGAAGGAGGUGAAUGGCAAAGAAGAAAUAGCUUCAAAUAACUGUGCAGAGAUUUUAAGCAGCCCCAUCUCUGUGGCUUCGGAGGAAGUCUCAACAUCUAAUGUGGCAUUAGAGGAAGACUCGACCUACAACACUGUUACACAUCUUGAAACCAAAAAUGUGCAAGAAGCUUCAGCAAUCAAAGAGACAACUCCCUCGUCUGCAGGUCAAGAUGCUGAAAGUAUAAGUGUUGAGGAAAACUACGUUUGUAGCUCGACUAAGGAAGAGUCACACUCAAAUGAAGUUGCAUUUAUUCCUGGGGAAAACAAAAGUGGACUUGAAUCUAACACGGGGCUCGAAUCUAUUUCCCAAGGUCAACAUUGUGACAUAAUUUCAAAAACAGAGGAAGAAGAUCUUAAAGCAGAAGCAGAAUUACAAUCUGACAAAGCUGUUACAGAGGAGAUAUUACAAGAAGAAACUACGAGUAAGAAAGAAACCAUGAAGGAAGACAUUUCAAGGGAGAAAGAACAAUUACCAAGAAUCAAGGAAGAACACGAAGAUAUAAAAGAUUAUCAUCAAGGUUCUUAUGAAGUCGAGGUAAUUAAAGAUAGUCACCAAGAAGAUGAUGUUAUGAAAGAUCAACACAUAAACAGCAAAGAAACAUACGAUUUCAUAAAACAUGGAAAUAAUGCAGAAACAGUACCAAAAGUUUCUGAAGAAGCUGAUGAAAAGGCUUCAGAAGAGGUCAAAGAAAAGAUAUUUGCAAAUGAAGUGAUUGAGAGAAUCCUACACCAAGAAGAGCAGGAAACGAGCAUUGAGGAACCUACAGCAAAAAUAGACAUUGCAUGUGUGAACACAGGCACGCAAGAAUUAAAUAAAGAGGCUGUCCAAACAACAAUAAUCCCUGGGGGAGAAAGUGAGGAACAUAACAAGGAAGAUAAAAUGUGCAGCUCCGAUGAAGUGCAGGUAAAAGAUGAGGAACAUUUGAUAUUUUCAGAAGGGAAAAGCAAGGAAGCCAAAGAAACUUAUAAAGAAGCCUGUGUUGAGGCUGAGCAGUUUGAUUUAUCAUCUCAAACCAAAGACAUAUCAGAAUGUGCAAUUGGUGAUGUUGGGCAGGACACCCCGGAAGAGAAUGAAAAAUAUAUAACAGAAAAGUCUUCUGGAGAGGAUGAUCCUAAAACAAUCACAGAAUGUGAAGUAUCCUCUGCUAGUGAAGACAUAAAAUUAACAGAACAAUCCUUAGAGGAUGCAUCCAUCACUACUGAAGUGCAAGAAGCAAAAUCUGGGAUUGAUUUGGGAGUUUCUGUUCUAGUCCCAGAAGCAACUGUAAUAAAAAGACAAGAGGUGGAAGAAUUGAAGGAUAAAUGCACAGAGAUGACAGACGCCUCCACACCAGAUGAAACUUCCGUUAUGACCGCAUCAAAAACGAUAGGAGAAAGUACUGAAGGAGCACCACUGGAGGCCAAAGACCAACAGACCAAAGACACUGCACUAACUGAACAACUCUCAGAGGGUGCAUGCAUCACUACUGAAGUGCAAGAAGCAAAAGAUGGGAUUUAUUUGGGGGCUGAUGUUCCAUUCCCAGAAGCAACUGGAUCAGAAGAAAGAACAGACACCGACGGAAAGGAAGCAAACCCAAUUCAAGCUGCACCUGUCUCCGAGACUCCAGAGCAAGAAAUAGAAGAACAGAAACUUGGAAGGGAUACUGCGGACGUCCAUGAAGAAGAGAAACAUAUAUCUAAUAUCCCUAAUCAGUUAGAAAGUGUCUGUGUUGCAGAUACAGAAAAGGUCCCAGAGUCAAGCAUUCAUCAAAGUUCUGCAGAGAAUACAGGUCAAUGUGACAAAAAAGAAGGAAAUCAACACAUUGAUUCCCCUCUUGCCUUGCCACAUGCCCAAUGUUCAGACAUCAAAACAUUUGAGAAUGAGCCACAAUAUGUUGGAGGUUUGGCCAACGCUGAUGUAACAGAAUUGGAGGCAUUGAAAGAUAAGCAUGUCGUUCUGGAAGCAGAUGAUACCAGGUAUUUGAUUCUUGAGAACCAAGAUGGCGACAAGAAUAUAUCUACAGAAUAUUCCCAAGGUGAACAUGAAGUAGAGAGACCAUCUAAAGUUGAGAAAGAAAGAGAGGAAUGUGGAAAUGAGGAAAGAAAGGACCAGCAAAUAGAAGGGAAGCCUGGAUCAGAGGAGACUGACAAACCUUCAUUGUCAGACCUUCUUCAGGUAUCUACGAGAGGAACCUCUGAGAUGGCAGAUCAUUCUCCCACUGAAAAAGAGCCAACCAACCACACUGAAGACAUGCAUGCUGAAAACACUGGUGAGGUUGAGCAUGAACAAGUUAAAACAGAUGAGGAGAAAGAUGAUGAAGAUGAAUCACAUGAACCAAAAUCAGACUUAGGUUCUGAAGCACCAGUCAUGGUGGAUACUGGAGACACAGACAUGAAAGUAGCUCAUAAGAAAUCUCACAACAUACUUUCAGGCGUUGGAUCAAAAGUGAAGCAUUCAAUUGCCAAGGUGAAGAAAGCCAUAACAGGAAAAUCUCCAAAAAAAGUGACAACUCCAGAAAGUAAAUAAGCUCUGCUUUCACUUAAACUAUGGUUUUAAGUUUUACAAGUUUAAACUACAGCUUGAAUUUUUAAUAAUUUCUACAGCUUUUCGAUUUGGCUCGUUUUCAAGUGUUUGCAAAAAAAUUACAUUAUUUUCUACUUUUUUGGCUUGGCAGUGUGUCUUGUUUUGUAAGUUUGUACAUUGUUGUGGAACUUCAUAUGAAUUUUGUAAUGCUAAUAAAGUUUUUCUUUAUGAUA